UACACACUGGUGUUGUUGAACCAAUACGGAAUUUAACAGGUGUCCUCGGUGGAACAUUUUGAGAUCAUAUCAAAGGACUGUGUGAUGUAACAGAACACAGGUAAAAUAUUAGUUAAUACAAUGUCCUUCAAAGUUUGGGGUGUUUAAUUCCAUGGGAGAGUCAAACUUGUUUAGAUCAUUCCUUUUCUCUUUAAAGAUUGCUAAUAGAAGUCUGUCUAAUGCUGAUCUCGCCUACAUUAUUUAGCUUUUUUAUUAAGUGGAUGGAUUGGUGUAGUAUGCUGACUGGCUCUAUCUUGGGCCUCAAUAGGAUAAGCUUGUCCAGGAGGAUAGCCUGAUGGGACACACUAUAGAGUGUUACACUAUGGUAUUGUGUUGCUUUAAAAAGUUGCUAGUUAGCCUAGGAACGAACCAAUAGCCUGGCAGAGGCAACAGGUUUCUCUGUGGUACCUCUUAUCUAAGACUAGGUAGGCCUAAACAGAUGGCCCCAACAUGAACAUUUCCAGUCCAGCCGGUUUUACAGGGUGUGAGAGAGUGUGUUGUCAUGUGAAAGUAUGAACUCUGAACAAAGGGAAUCAGAAGUGAAACUUUAAUGUCUUUCUUCACCUGUUGAACACCAAGGAUCAAGAAAGUGAGGUUUUCAAAGAAAGAGAGAGAGAACUUCAAUACAGAUAUGACAUCAGUCCUGUCUGUGCAGCUCCAGUGCCCAGUGUGUUUGUGCGUUUUCACUGACCCGGUGAGUCUGCCGUGCGACCACACCUUCUGCCGCCCCUGCAUCAGCUCUCACCUGCGGCAGAGCUCAGCGAAGAGCCAGAGCCGCUGCCCAGAGUGCCGGGGCCCCUUCAGCCUGAAGGAUCUCCGGGCUCACCGUGUCUUGACCAAUAUGGCAGAUGCGGCCCGAGAGGAGGAGGAGAGCGGCCUUGCAGCGAGGGGACCAAAGGCAACGCAGGGACGCACUGUAGCCGCAGAACUGGUGUGUCUGGAGCACGAAGAGAAGUUCAAGUUGUUCUGUGAGACAGACCAGAGGUUGGUGUGUGUGAUCUGCAGGGAUGGAGAAAAGCACCGGGGACACACGUUCACACCCGUGAAAGAGGCAGCAAAGAUCAGUAAGAAUGUUCUGAAGGGAGCUCUUGGGUUCCUGGUGAAGGAGAACCGUGAAAUGGAAGGACUGAACCAACAGCAGGCCUUUGAGAUCAUAAAGACCCAGGAGAAGUCUAAAAGCCUGUCGGCUCACAUCUCCUCCUGCUUUGAGGAGCUGCACCAGUUCCUGAGGAGGAGGGAGGAGGAGGUGAAGGAGGAGCUGGAGAGGGAUGAGAAGAAAGCUGUGGCGGCCAUGCUGAAGAAUGAUUGUGUGAUCGAGAACAGGCUGAUGAUUGGGAGGGAGAUGGAAGUGACUCUGCAGUCUGCUCUGGAGAUACCUGAGUCUGACCACUUUCUAGAGUGGUGGAGUGAGAAAGGCCUUCCUGUUGUUGAGGGGAUGAAGAUGAAGGACACAGCAAAACCUGAGUACAGGUCAAGGGUUAGAAGUCUGUGUGUGACCCCUGACUCCCUCACUCUCGGCCUCUACGAGACUCACCUGCCCUUCUGCAUGUGGAAGGAGAUGCUAAAGGUCGUCAAACCAGUUCCUGAGCGCCUCACCCUUAGCAGCAGUGAUGAUCCCUGUUUAAAGCUAUCAGAGGGUGGGGCCAGUGUCAGGCACGCAGACCGGAAGGGCGGCUUCGGCUUCAACUACUACCGUGACUACGCCGCCGCCACCAACACCGUCAUCUCCACAGAGACCGUCCAGACAGGGCAGCACUACUGGGAAGUGGAGGUGGGGGGGAAGCUGGACUGGGGGGUGGGGCUGAAGGUGAAGGAAGAUUCCGGCAAAGAGCCUGUCCUGUCUCCAGAGAGGGAGAUAAUGUUGCACCUGAAGCCUGAGAAGGGCCUGGUGUUCAGCCAUGAUGGUGUGGAGACGCCCCUGAUGGCUGCUGGUGCUGACCCAGGUACUCAGGCUGAGGCCCAGUCCUGGCCUCGUAGGGUGGGGCUGUACCUAGACUGUGACAGGGAGAGGGUGUCCUUCUAUGAUGCAGACAGCAUGGCUCUCCUCCACUCCUCAUGGUGCAGCUUCAUCUCCCCGUGUUCCUUAUGCCUCUGCCCCGGGCCGUACAUGGAGGGCCGCAAUACUAACCCACUGACUGUCUGUUGGUACUGACCCAGUGGGCAAAACUGGUUUCCAUGACGUCAUUAUGAUAGAUUUUCUGACGUCAUGGUCAGGUUUUGUUCACGUCUUUUUAGUAACCAGAAAAGGAUGUAUAAAAUAGUACUUAUUUUCCAUGAUGACUUGUUGGUAGACCAAUUGGUAGUUAUAUAGUAUAGUUAUAUGGCAUGUUCUAAAAAAAUGUUUUGUUGUUGUUGUAAAUUAGAUAGAAGUCACAUGCCAAAUUUUGCUUGCUGGGGACCUGGCCCUUUUGAGUAUUUCAGGAACUAUUUACUAGCUAGAAUAAUCAAAUUAUCCAUUUUGAGUUCAUCAUUUUCUAAAAUCAAUGUUUUAUUUAUUUAAGGUGUAUUGUUGACGUUAGGGGCAUAUUCUGUUAAUAACUGAUUUGUGGUGUCCUUUUUAAGUAAUCUUACCAUGUAUUUGUGGCAGGAUUAUGCUUUGUGGACAAUCAGUGCCGGUGCUAUGGGGUGGCAAAGCCGGGCAUGGCCCCUCCAGAUAGAAUUUGUGCCCCCCCCAAGUUUUGUUUCCCCAUAAAAAUAAUCUGUUGCCUUGAGCAUGUCACUUAACCCUAAUUGCUCCCGGGGCGCUUUACAAUGGCGAUCCUGGCUGUGACCCCACUCCCUGCGGGUGUCUCAGGGGGAGUUGGGAUAUGCAAUAAAACACAUUUUCAUUACACGCUUGUGUGUAACAUGAUAAAUAUAAGCACCCCCAAAUUAUUAUUAUUAUUAUUAUUAUUAUUAUUAUUAUUAUUAUUAAUUACCAUGCCCGGUUUUGCCAAUGUAGCACUUCCAGGCCUGCCAGUAGUGCACACUGGGUCCAAGGCUAUUAUACCUUGUGCACUCAUGAUCUGAGGAGGGGGAGGGAGGGGGGAUGUAAUUAUGUAAUAUUUAGUAGUUAAAAUCAAGAAAUACAUUCUGAUUGGGUACCUAGCAAUGCAAUGUCAUAAGGUACCGCUUUCAUUACCUUGUUUUUGACAAUUUUCUUCUCACAGAGAGGGAAAAUAGUUGUUCACUUUUGCAGACAGCUAGCUACAGCUUCUAUGCUAGCUAGUAACCAGCUUCAUAAAGUUUUGGUAGUGCUGAAUAAUUAUAGCUAGUUAAUGGCUACGCUUUGAUCAGCAUGCCUAGAGCGAUGCCGAGCUCACCAAGCAUUGGUCCCGCAACUAUUGUUUCCAAACUGAAUACAUAGAAGGAGGAGACUGAAUAAGUAGAAGGAAGAGAAGUCAGAUUUCGCCACUAUCAUAAACUAAGAAAGUGGGCGGAGCGGUCAAAAGGUGAAGAUUUGGAAACAAUGGUGGAGGAACUAAACAGGGAGGGAUUAAGCUAAAUAGUAUGUAAAAUGAGCAGGAAUAGAACUGUAUAUAAACUGAGAGCUGAGUGGUGGGAAGUUAGUUGCUCUGCAGACCAG